AUGUCGGCUGACAGGGCGACGAGUCCGUGCAACAAAUUCCAAGCGAACAUUUUCAAUAAAAGUAAAUGUCAGAACUGCUUCAAACCCCGAGAGCUUCAUCUGCUGAACGACCACGACAAGGAGCAGGUGAAGCCAGUUUAUGGAGGCUGGCUGUGUUUGGCUCCAGAGGGGACAGACUUUGAAAACCCCGUACAGAGGUCCAGGAAAUGGCAGCGACGCUUCUUCAUUCUGUGUGAAGAUGGCAGUUUGAGCUUCGCACUGGAUGAACUGCCGAGCACCCUUCCUCAGGGGACCAUGAACCUUAAUCUGUGCUCAGAAGUCAGUGAUGCAGAAACCAAGACGGGUCAGAGAAAUGCUCUGUGCAUCACUACACCGCAACAGGAGGUCUUCAUCAGAGGAGACACAAAAGAGAUCAUUAACGGGUGGAGUGAUCAGCUGGCUGUCUUUCUGCGCAUCAACAAACAGAACCAGAAGAAGAAACGUAAAGUGGAGCCUGUAACCUCCCAGGAGCCGAGUCCAGCGAAGAUGGCUGCCAAAGAUCAAAGUUUCCUGAUCUUAGAGAGUCCUGCAGAGUCCAGCUCAGGUGAACGGUCUCCCAGCCCGGGUCCUGCAUGCAGGGAGUCUGGACUUUUGUGUGAUCAUGUGCGUUCUUUGGACCUGCUGAGCAGCAGAAACACGGGCGUAGUCAAGGACGACGUGUCGAACAACAUCAAAACAAACAACAAGAGCCAGGACAAAAGUCAUGGCGACUUCUCAGAAAGGCUGCUGGGAUUUGACGAGCUGGAAGAAGGGUCAGCUGUUCCUAGGAAGAGCAGGAAAGAAAGUCGCACCAGCAAACGAGAGAAGCUUCAGUCGUGUGGAGACAUCAACCAGCUCUGUGCCCCCCCACCUCAGAGGAGGACCAGGUCUCUGGAUCGCAGGACGACAGACACCGUCAUGACGUCCUCAGAUCUUGAAGGAGAAAUCAAGCUUACAAAGUGUUUUAAGGUGUCUGAAUUUCAUGUUCAGAGAAACUACGGCUUCCAGAUCCAUACUCCUGAUGGCGUCUUCACACUGUCGACCAUGACAGCAGGGAUGCGCAGGAGCUGGAUCCAGGCUCUGAUGAGGAACGUUCAUCCCGCUAACACACCUGACGUCACCAGUUUACCUGGACUCCAGGUCUCAUCUGAGCACCUCCUUAGACCGGACCUGACUCAUGACUCCUCAUCAGCAGAGAAAGAUGAGAUCAAACACGUCUGUGUGACGCAGAGACGGAGAGAAGGACGAUACAGAACCUUUGACUGGGUCGGGUUCAGGUCUCAGGACUCUAACCCUGAGACUAAAGCGUGUCAGGACACUCAGAGUAAACUGGGUCAGGAACCGGACCCUCAGAGGACGGAAGCUGGGAGCUCUGAGGAGAGGAGGAGGAGUAGGGAGGAGAGGAGAAGGAGAUACGAGAGCGUUCUGGGCUUCACUUUGAGUCCAGAGUCCCAGCAGAAGACGGAGGAGGAGGUAGAGGAGUGCUGGAGAAAGGUGGAGACGAGUUUCUUCAGAUCAGAGAACAGUGUUGCUGUUUUCUCAGAAAGCAGGGACUCUGAGGAGCAGCUGGAACAGUUCAGGACCAUGGUGGAGGAUCUAAAGGCUCAGCUGGAGGAGUCAGAGCGUCUCAGACUGAAGCUGGAGGAUGAACUCAGAGCUGGAACCAAUCGUCAGCUGGAACCUCCUCUGAGGAACCUGAGGGAGCUUCUUCAUACAGACCCCGCACCUUCCACAUCCUCUGCACCAUCAUCCUCACCUUCAUCACCCGGCGAAGGUCACACUGCAGAGACUCUUUUAGACGUAAAAACAACAAACCUGCAGACUGAUCCACACGGAUUCUGCGAGCAGCUUCAAAACAAACAGUAUGGAUCGUCAAUACCUGAUCAACCUGCAGGGACUGAUGACACCUCUCUGUACGCUUGUGUGGAGCAUCACAUUCCUCCGGACCCGGAGGUGCUGAGAAGGCUCACACAGGAGGCACAGCUACUGCUCAGCCAGAAGGAGGCACUGAACCAGAGGAACCAGGAACUGCUGAACCAGCUGACAGAGGCAGACUGUGAGAUCGAACGUCUGAGGGCGGAGCUCAGCAGGAAGCUCACUCAAACCCGACACCUUCCUGAUGAAGAGCCUCAUAUCCUCCCUGCUGAUGAACCACACCACCUCCCUGAUGAAGAGCCUCAUAUCCUCCCUGCUGAUGAACCACACCACCUUCCUGAUGAAGAGCCUUGUCUCCUCCCUGUGUAUGAACCACACCACCUCCCUGAUGAAGAGCCUUGUCUCCUCCCUGUGUAUGAACCACACCACCUCCCUGAUGAAGAGCCUUGUCUCCUCCCUGCGUAUGAACCACACCACCUCCCUGAUGAAGAGUCACAGCACCUCCCAGAUGAAGAGCCUUGUCUCCUCCCUGCUGAUGAACGGCACAACCUCCCUGAUGAAGAGCCACAACUCAUCCCUUCUGAUGAACAACACCACCUCCUUGAUGAAGAGGAGCGUCAGGGAGGAUCAUGGGUGGUGGAUCUUCAGUUGGAGCUAAGCCUGAAGAGCCAGGAGCUCCUGGAGGCUCAGAGUCUGAUCUCGUCACUGGAGGAGAGUCUGAGGGAGACUAGGGAGCUGCUGCAGCUGAACCAUGCUGCAGAAGAAGGGGAGGAUCUUAAGGAGGAUGGCAAGGAAGAGGAGAGACACUACCCUCAGAGUUUGGAUGAAUCUGAGCUGACAGAGUUUAAAAUGAAACUCAACCAAACAGAGCAGACCUGUGAGGAGGCUGAUGAACUUCUGUCAGUUGCAGGGGCGGAGCUCGAUAUCAGGGGGCAGAGUCACACAGAUGAAGAGAGCAGCAGGGUUUUAGGUCCUGAUGAAAAAAAGAUCCAGAGAGUGAUGUCGGGCAUGAUGAUGAGGAUGAUGGCCUUGGAUCGAUUCCUGGAGGUGAUAGAUGAGGUGGAUGUUAGCUGUAGUGAGGAAGGGGAGGAGCUAACGAUGAAAAGUCAGCUGAAGAUGGAGGAGGCGUUCUGGAGUUCAGUGAUCAAAAAACUGGAAUCAGAUCAUUCUGAUCUCCAGGAACAGAAACCGGAAGGGAAGCUUUUCAGAGAGGUGACGGAGCAGUUGAUGGUGGAGAAACAGAUGCUGCUUUUAGGGCUCGGUCUAAUACAUGAAACAGGUGCAUGCUCAAAGGAAGACAGAGACGCUUUCACACGCCUGGAUUUAAUCUGGAGGAAAACUGAAAGCAGGAGAUCUGAGAAAAAACAUUUAAGAGACGUCACGCGGAUGAAAAUUACUUUGCUUAACCUUAUUGCCGCCUCCAUCAGCUCCUCUCUCAGCUCCUCCGUCAGCUCCUCCACACUGGACGGACUCCGGCUGGUAGCAAACAGACACUCCAACUCUUACCUGUCAGAUUCGUUCUGGUUCGGUCUGAUUCUCUCUGCAGCCUCCGAAGCUCUGUCCUGCUGCUUUUUAAACCUUCAGUGUAAAUUUGAGGGAAAACUCAAAGAAAACAAGAACACUCUUCUGACUUCUUCUUUUCUCUGCACAAGCUGUGUCGAGCUGAUGAAAGAAAACCGUGAGUUAAGAGCCCAACUGUCCAACAGAGAAGAAGAAGAGUCAUCAUCACUGAGAGAACUGUCGGACUCGGGUUGUCAGACAGCUGAGACUCCAACACAGGACUCCGGAAGUGAAUUACAGGCUCAAUAUGACAGCGUGUCAGAGGAAAAUGUCCAUCAGACAGCAGAGGAGGAGGGGUUUGAUUUAGUCUCUCCUUCAUGUGAUAAAGAUGGGGAAAGAGUGGUGCAGGAAACGGAAAGAGAAAAAUGCACACAAACAGACCCGAGCUCAGAGACAGACGAGGUUUUACUGCUGAGAGAACGAGUGAAGGAGCUUGAGGAGCAGCUGUCCAUCAUGCAGGAAAUGAGACAGAGGUUUGAUGGGAAACUGAAUUCUGUUCAGAUGCAACAUGAGAGAGAGAUGGAGAGACUGAAGGCUAACUUUAAGCUGGGUUUCGCCUCCAUGGAGGAGUCUCACCUGAAGGAGGUAGAGGAGCUGCAGCGUCAACACCAACAGGAAGUGGAGCGCCUCCUGAUGGAGAGAGACGUUCUGCUAGAGGAGGAGAGCGCUGCAACAGCAACCGCUAUCGAGGCAAUAAAGAAUGCGCACCGUGUGGAGCUGCAGAGGGAGGAGCAGAAGAGACGUCAGUGUGAGAGCAGCUCAGGUAACACUCAGCUGGAGGACAUUUACAGACGGCACAGGGAGGAGCUGGCCUCCUCUCACAGGGAGCUUCAGGUUCUCUCUCAGCAGUUCUCUCUUAGGUGUUUGGAGGUUGGUCAUCUUGUUCAGGCUCUGGAGGCAGAGAGGAAGGCUCUGAGUGUGUGUCAGCAGGAGAACCAGCACCUGAGGACAAGGAACCAGGAGCUCAGCGCUCACCUGGCUGCAGAGAUCAACAGACUGUGUUCUCAGGUGAAGCAGGACAACCUGCCGGUCAGUCAGAGGAUGGAGGAGUACGAGAUGGAGAUUACGCUGAUAGUGAAGGAAUCUGAAGUACAGAGUCUAAAGCAAGAGACGACGUCUCUGAAGGACGAACUGCAGGCAGCUCAGAGGGACAAGAGGAACGCCACCAAGAAAUACAAAGAAAUGUUCACCCAGCUUAGCGUCCUGAGGGCCAAAACGGAUCGAGAGACGAAUGAACUGCGGGAAAACCUGAGGCUUGCACACCGUGCUCUGGACCAGACUACAUCCUGAAAACAAUACAUCACUAGAGAUAACUAGAGAACCUUUUUUAUCUUGGCCCACAAUCUAUUUAAUAACUUUAUUUAAAUGUGUUACAAUGUCAUGUAUUUUUUCAUCCAUGAAUCCAUGAAAUGUCAUAAAACAACUUCACACUCCUUUUUUCACCUCAGCAUUUUUAAAGAAAAUAAAGAUGUCAAUAAUGUCUGUCUGUUAUUUCCUACGGAAGCCUUAGACAGACAUACAUCAAUUCAUUUUAUUUAACUCGGUUUUCCUGGGAUAAUUAGUAAUUUUCACGUUUUCUUGAGAUUUCGAUUCAUUUUUCUCAUUAGCUCGGGAUAACAAAACUGGUUUUCCCUUGAUAAAGACAAGCGUUAUCAUGAAAAUACGAGACAAAAAUGUCAAGAUAUUCAGAAAAAAAAAUUUAAAAGUUCAGUAUAGGGUUAAGUAACAGUUUUGAUGCAUGUCCCUUUAGAUCUUCCUUAAUUUUCUGCCUUUCUGUAUUGUGAACCUUUUUGACAUCUAAAAUUACCAGAAAACUGCUGUGAA